AAAAUUUAAAUCUGACGCUCGCUGAGCUGUUGUCGCCUCCUCACGAACUAAAGUGGCAAGUAAGAGAAACGUUUUUUUCUGAAUUUAUGUAGGCGACAGACUUUUAAACAUUUUCACCGGCGUUUGUGAUGAAUUUGUAGUGUUUGUCGUGACUAAUUAGCUCGCCGAGGGAACAAAUUAAGGAGUCCAGCUACGCUAGCUAGCUAGGUUCAACAACGUUUCAGGAUGAUUGCUGGUUUUAACCAUGUUUGACAUGUAGCAUCCGGCGGUUGGUGUGACAGCUGAACCCGGACAGGAAUGAAUUCUGGGAAACAAAAAAUCAAAAUACAGAGAGUUUCCUCGAGGAAGAGAUCGAGAGACGUCCUGAAGAGUCAACUGACACCAGCGAAGAAGAGAGGAGGAGGAGGAGACACCUGUUUCCAGCAAUGUCCCAAAACCUGGAGGCUGAGCAGCAUCAUGGCUGACACACAAGCUGCUGAGUACUGCAGUGACGCUGAGGACUUAUUUGGGGACUAUGACAGUAUCCUGGAGGACAGCUCUGUGCUGGCGAAGCUGGAUGAUGCAGAACAAAACGAAAGGCAGCGUGACGUCCGGCCUGCAGCUCACGCCAACGCUGCGGAUCCGCCGGACUUCACGCCAUUAAAAGACGGCGUCCGGAAACCGUCCGGUGAAGACGUUCUCACCGACUCCAUCUUUGACGAACCCUUCGAGGACUUGCCGCCCAGCCAGCUUCAGUUUGAAGAGCAGGUUCGUGGAAAUGCGAAGAGGAGCAGACUGCAGGCGGGAGAGAAAACCUCGACGCCUUCCAGGAAACCUGACGGGAGCGGCGAGGCCGGAGGAGAGAGAAACGCAGAGGAUCAAACCAGGAGAGCGAGCAGGGCGAGGAGGAGCGUGACGGAUCAGCUGAAGAGGACGAUGGUCUGUAACGGAGCUGCUCCCUCCGCCGUCUCCCGGACCGCCGCGUUGAAAGAAGCUGUGGUUACCGAGGAGAUCAGCGUCGCCAUGCAGGCCAUGGAAACCGUGUCUGCCGACACAACUGACCUCGGGCCUUUCUUUGGACUCCCCACCAAAGUGAAAGACCUGAUGUACAAGCUGAGAGGAAUCAAGACUCUAUACGAUUGGCAGGAGACGUGUCUGAACCUGGACUGCGUUCAGGGGAGGAAGAACCUGAUCUACUCCCUCCCCACCAGCGGGGGAAAGACUCUGGUUGCAGAGAUCCUCGUCCUCAGAGAGCUGCUGUGCAGGAAGAACGAUUGUCUGUUCAUCUUACCGUACAUAUCGCUGGUGCAGGAGAAGGUGCGGGGGUUAGCGAGCUUUGGCCUGGAGCUGGACUUCAUGGUGGAGGAGUACGCUGGCAGCAAAGGCAAGUUUCCUCCCGUGAAGAGGAGGGGCCGGGCGUCGCUUUACAUCGCCACCAUAGAGAAAGCCCACAGCCUCGUCAACUCUCUGAUAGAGACCGGCAGGAUGGGUAAACUGGGGCUGGUGGUGGUGGACGAGCUUCACAUGUUGGGUGACGGCAGCAGAGGAGCUCUGAUAGAAAUGACUCUGGCCAAAGUUCUCUACGUGAGCGAAACCACUCAGAUCAUUGGAAUGAGCGCCACCCUGGGAAACAUCAGCGACCUGCAGACGUUUCUGAGGGCUGAAAAUUACACAAACGACUUCAGGCCUGUGCAGCUGAAGGAGUACGUCAAACUGAAGGACAGCAUCUAUGAAGUGAAGCCAAAGGAACAGGAAUGUUUCAGAUUCUCGCGACUUCUCAACUUCAAAUACUCGAGUGCGAUGCAGAAGGUGGACCCGGAUCACAUCAUCGCUCUGGUGACUGAGGUCAUUCCGACACAUUCGUGUUUGGUCUUCUGUCCCACCAAGAAGAACUGUGAGAACGUCGCAGCCAUGAUCUGCAAAUACCUGAAGGAGGAGUUCCUCCAGCAGAGGGCGGCGGAGAAGGCCGUCCUCCUCGGAGAGCUGAGGGACGCCGGCAACGGCGCGGUGUGUCCGGUGCUCCGGAGGACGGUGCCUUACGGUCUGGCCUAUCACCACAGCGGACUGACCUCCGAGGAGAGGAAGUUGGUGGAGGAGGCCUACUCCAACGGAGUCCUCUGCCUCCUCACCUGCACCUCCACCCUGGCCGCAGGCAUCAACCUACCUGCCCGCAGGGUGAUUCUGCGCUCACCCUACGUGGCCUCGGACUUCCUGAAGAGGAGCCAGUACAAGCAGAUGGUGGGACGGGCCGGGCGAGCGGGGAUGGACACCGUGGGAGAGAGCGUCCUCAUCCUCCAGGACAAGGAGAGACACAUGGCUGAAACUCUUGUUUGUGCUCCGAUGGAAAACUGUUUCAGCAACCUGCUGCACGACGAUGGAAAAGGCCUCCUGAGUCUCAUCCUGUCCCUCGUUGGAUUAAACAUCGCCUCGUCGCUGCUUCAGAUCGGAGAGUUCAUGCGCGGGACGCUGCUGUCCGUCCAGCAGGGACAGCUGUGUGUGGAGACGAGUCUGCAGGAGGCGGUGCGGCGGUGUGUUGACCUCCUGAAGGACAAAGGUCUCAUCACUGUGGCUGAAGACUCACACGGUCAAAGUCUGCAGGUCACCAAGCUGGGGAAAGCUACCUACAAAGGCUCGGUGGAUCUGUCCUACAGCGACGUGCUGUACAGAGACCUGUCCAAAGGUCUGGACGGUCUGCUGCUCAACAGCUGCCUCCACCUGGUCUACCUGGUCACACCGUACGACAUGAUCUCACAGUGCAAGCCCGACUGGAUGACGUACUUCAGACAGUUCACCCUGCUGUCGGCUGCGGAGCAGAAGAUGUCCGCAGCCGUCGGAGUACCGGAGAGCUUCGUUGCUCGAAAAGCUGCGGGACAGACGGUGAAAAAGAGCGUCAACAUGGAGGUGGUGCGGCGGAUGUACUUGGCUCUCGUGCUGUUUACGCUGCUGAAGGAGACGAACCUGUGGAGCGUGGCCGAUAAGUUCCAGCUGAGCCGAGGCUUCGUCCAGACCCUGCUCAGCUCCUCCUCGGCCUUCUGCUCCUGCGUGUUUCACUUCACGGAGGAGCUGGAGGAGUUCUGGCCGUUCAAAGCCCUGCUGACGGAGCUGACACGAAGGCUGAGCUACUGCGUGAAGGCUGAGCUCGUCCCUCUGAUGGAGGUGGCUGGAGUCACGGAGUCACGAGCGAAGCAGCUGUAUAACGCCGGCUAUAAAACACCGACUCACCUGGCGAACGCCGACCCCGCCGUCCUCUCCAGGACCAUAGAACACCUUUAUAAGAAGCAAGCCAAUCAGAUCGUAGCUUCUGCUAAGAUGCUCGUGAAUGAAAAGGCUGCAGCGCUUCAGGAGGAAGUGGACGAGCUGCUGAUGAUCCCUUCAGAUCUGCCCUCGGCUUUAAAAACACAGCAACUCCUCUGAGUGCAGUUAUCAUCGAGAAGUUUUAUUCUCAUCGUCAACUUCCUGUUUGUUUUUAUUGUUUAAAUGCGCAUCAUAUUAAAAUAAUGUACAAGAGGG